AUGGACGUCAGCGACGACGAGGACAGGCCACGGAAGACGCCUCUCAAGGUUCAUGGUGUCUUGUCCAAUGGACAGAAGAGAGUGCAGACAAACGGGCGAAAACGCCUUCGAAUAUCGCAAAAUGGAUGCGCUACUAGCAUGCCGCCAUCGACGAUACAGGAACAGAGAAACAGCUUGCCCAUUGCCAAAGGCAAAGCUGCUAUCAUAGAAGAAAUUCGCAACAAUGAUGUGACUGUACUGAUUGGAGAGACCGGUUCCGGAAAAACUACUCAGGUCCCUCAGUAUAUCUUGGAGUCUGGUUUGGCAGGAGGUGGCCUGAUUGCUGUGACCCAACCGCGAAGAGUCGCUGCUACAUCUCUUGCCACACGCGUGGCAGUGGAGCAGAAUACUACCGUCGGAAGACUGGUUGGCUAUUCCGUUCGUUUCGACGAACGUUCAAGCCCUUCUACACGCAUCAAGUAUCUUACAGACGGCAUGAUUGUUCGAGAGUUGCUGGCAGACCCACUCCUCACCAAGUAUAGCGUCGUAAUUGUCGACGAGGCCCACGAAAGAACGCUCAGAACCGAUUUGCUGCUCAGUCACCUCAAGUCAAUACAAAAGCAGCGCGUCUCCUCCACCAAUGGCAAAGGCAAAGGAAAGGAGAGAGAGACUUCAAACUGUCAGCUCAAAAUCGUCAUUAUGAGCGCUACGCUUGACGCAGAAAAAUUCAGCAAGUACUUUACGGAAGCCAAAAUAUUGUACGUGAAAGGACGUCAGCAUCCUGUGAAGAUCUAUCACUCUGCCAUGGAUCAGAUGGACUAUCUCGAUGCAGCUUUACGAACGUUUUUUCAGAUUCAUAUGGACCAACCUCCGGGAGACGUUCUUGUGUUUUUGCCGGGUCAAGAAGACAUUGAAAGUCUUGAAAAAUCAAUAGAGUCCUUAAAUCGAAGAUUGCCACCCGGUCGAAUGGAAGUCCUUGUCUGUUCCAUGUACGCUGCUCAAGCUCCUGGACAGAAUGCAAAAGCGUUUUCUCCGCCGCCGUCGAACACGCGCAAGUGUAUUCUUGCAACAAAUAUUGCCGAGACGUCUAUCACAAUACCCGGUGUGAAAUAUGUCAUUGAUACAGGGAAAUGCAAAGAAAAGCGAUACCUGACGAGCGAUACUGGAGGAGGUCUCGACACCCUUUUAACAAGGGACAUCACUCAAUCUUCGGCCAUGCAGCGAACCGGACGUGCCGGGAGAGAAAGGCUUCAUUCCGCGAUAAACAGGGGAUGGGGCAUUGUUAUCGAUUGUAUACGGAAGCCUCAUUUAAAAACAUGCCUCUGUCUGCGGAAGCCUGAGAUAUUACGAUGCGGACUUACUUCAAGUCUCCUCCAGCUUCGAUGCAUAGGGCAAGAGCUGGAGAACCUGGACCUGAUGGAUAGGCCUGAAGAAGAUUCAAGUAAGUGUACCCACGACGUACUCUUUUCAUUAUUGAUGGCAUUGACAGGAAGAAAGAGCUUACACAAAGUUGGACGGAAUAUGGCUGCCUUCCCGCUGGAACCCAUCCACGCCCGUGCCAUUCUUGCCUCGAAGGAUUACGGCUGCACGUCCGAAAUUCUAUCCAUCAUUUCUAUACUCUCCGCAUCCUCCAAACUUUACAUUGAUAAUUCCGAACAGCGGGAAACGAUCAUUGACUCGCGACGCAAAUUUCGACAUCCGAGCGGGGACCACCUCACCCUCCUUAAUGUCAGUAAGGCCUCCCGGAAGGAAUGGUGCAAGAAGCACUUCUUAAACGAGAGGACCCUUCUUGAGGCGAAGGAGAUCAGAGCGCAGCUAAAGCAAGUGUGUGUGCGAGUUGACGUGGAUCCAAACGUGUCUUGUGGCGAAGAAGAACCGAUUUUGAAAAGCUUAGGACACGGACUUGUGCAAAACUCAGCGUUUUUGCAACCUGAUGGGUCAUAUAAACAGACGAUGGGUCCAUCGAUUGUUAAAAUUCAUCCUGGUUCUUCCAUGUUUGAAAAAAAAGUUCCUGCUCUGAUCUAUGACGAGCUUAUUUAUACCAAUCACAUAUACGCUCGUGGAGUCUCUUCCAUACCAAAGGGCUUCUUUCAAACACUAGGUGCCCUUAACCAACGUACUGCAUAA